AUGCGGAAAAGAUGUGCAGGGAUGACUUCUAUACCAGAGAAAAUGAAAGGAAAGGAAGAUUGUGUGUACACUGUUUACAUUCAGACCGGGUCGGUCAUCGACGGAGGAACCGAUUCCAUAAUCGGGCUCAAGUUGUACGAAGCAUACGGGCCAUACGGCAAAUACAUAUACAUCCCGAACCUGGUGGCAUGGGGCGGGGUAAUGGAUCCGGGUCAUAACUACUUCGAGCCGGGCAACAUAGACAUAUUCAGCGGGAAGGCACCUUGCUUGCGCGGACCAGUUUGCGCUAUGAACCUGUCUUCGGAUGUGUCGGGUCUCCAUCCCAGGUGGUACUGUAAUUACGUGGAGGUGACCUCCACAGGUUGGCAAAAAACCUGCGCUCAGCAGCGGUUCAGGGUGCAGACGUGGCUAUCUGCGGACAGAUAUCCUUGGUCUAUAACAGAUUACUGCAGUGACGUCUUGGGCCAGGCCCGUCAAAGAUCUGAAUCCUCAGAUGAUGCUAGAUUGGGCUCUGGGUCUGGUUAUGGUUUCUCUAUUUUGGGCUCGACCAUCCGUACGUAG